AGCAGCAUCAGUGGCAGUUGACAGUUGAAGCUCUGGUGGCUGAUACUAUAGUCUUGCCUUGGAAGAGCGAGCUAGUGUGCUUUGCAGCUAGUGUUAUACUUCCAGCGAUUAUCUUGUUGUUCAGAACACAAUAAAAUCUGUGCUUUUCCUGAACAUUUUUUUUAUUUAAUUUUUUCUAUUUGGUGGAUUUAUUUAACAUCUGGAGAUGAGCCGGAGAGAGCUGAGACGGCUCCUGGAGGACCAGCGAACAUGGAGCCGUCAAGGAGAUCAUGAUGAGUCAUCGCAGACCGUGUUUGAGGAGAGGCUGCGGUCUGAGCGACGCAGAGGUGUAAGAAGAACUCGUCAGAACACCCGGGAACAUCCAUCAAGCGGAGAAACAUCUCCUCGGCUACAGAGACCUCGGAGGGAGCACAGACAUCGAAGCCGCUCUCCUCUUCCUACUCCUCCGGUAGCAACAACGGACAGACCAAGCCCAGAUCCUCGCCCUGGUCCAAGCUCCCAGCAACCAGCUGAGAAUGAGCAGAAUCUUCCAGCCAUGGUGAUUGAGAUCGACGGGCAGAAUCUCUCCGCCAUGAUGAUCGAGAUUGACGAGCAGAAUCUCCUGGCCAUGAUGAUCGAGAUUGACGAGCAGAAUCUCCUGCCCAUGAUGAUCGAGAUUGACGAGCAGAAUCUCCUGGCCAUGAUGAUCGAGAUUGACCAGCAGAAUCUCCUGCCCAUGAUGAUCGAGAUUGACGAGCAGAAUCUCCUGGCCAUGAUGAUCGAGAUUGACCAGCAGAAUCUCCUGGCCAUGGUGGAAGAGAUCUACGGAUUCCAAAUGACCACCGUUGCAGAGGAUGAAGCAGCACAAUCGUGUGCUAUCUGUCUGAUGGAGUACGAAGAAGGGGAGCGAGUGAUCGUCCUGUCCUGCAGCCACAGGUAUCAUCCAAGCUGCAUCUUACGGUGGUUUGCAACAAAUCUCAGCUGUCCUCUGUGCCGCAGAGAGUGCAUCCUGAGGCCGGCCGUGUGCCUGAUCCGCUGAGUACGGCGAGAAGAGGAACAUCUAAAUCCCCAUCUUCUCUCCAUUCCGUACCAUCUCCUCCACUGUCCAGUUCCAUCAGCCGACUACUAUAUCUCCUGUACUCCUACCACCCUCCUGUGGCCUAGGCUGGACAUAUCCACAGACUCCAUCACCACACUGGGCCUGAUUUAGGUCUCGACGCUGUAGCGGAACAUGCAGUCAAGUACUGAUGUUCGGUACCUUGCACAUGUGCCGGACCCAUGCAUGUGCAGUACAGGUCUAUGGCGUUGGUCAUACUACGGUAUUAGAUUAUCAGUGAUUGACGGUCUGAUGCUGCGUGAGGACGGGGAACGGGCGGUAACAGCCUCAGUUUCCCUAAAUGGAUUUGUGUCGCCGCCGUUGUUGGGGAGGGAUGCGGUUAAGAGCUCCGUCUGAGGUUGGAGAUAUCCUGGCCCCUUCAUAGUAGAUAAGGUGGCUGACUUCCGUGACUCCUUGGGUCACUCGGCCUGCUUCCAUGUAAGCAGUGCGAUAGCUCCUCCAUCCACAUAUGAAUCAGGCCCACUGUGUCCCUAUCAGCCAGUGGCCAUCUUAUGUGUGGCACUGGGGGAAUCCUAUGCAUAGCCCACAGCCAUCCUGCUUUGGACAGGAUAGUCCCACUUUUCGGGAACUGUCUGGCUGUCCCACCCAUGGGGCACACUGUUCCAGGGUGGGGAGUUAGGGGGAGCACUCUCACCCCUGCUCUGUAUAGCAUAGAUGCCAUGCGCCCAGAAUCCACCAGGGCCUGAUUCAGAGAUGGAUGCAGAUCAUACAGUAGCUGCGUCUAUGAAGGCAGCUGCUGAAUGAAAAUAUAUAAUGGCCAAGGAGGCGUCUUGUACAAUCAGACAUCAGCUGAUGUCUUCUCUGAUCCGCUGCUGUUCUAAGCAUUGUACCAUCUGCAUGAGCAUCGGUCAUCCGAGUAACCCUCAGGCCUCUUUACACCAAAAAGAUGGGUCCGACAUCAGUGGCAGAACUUGAGAGUGGUGGGCCCAUGUGCAAAAAUAUGCUCUGGGCCCCCCUCCUCCGCCCUACGGGAGAUGCAGUGGGUGACAGCGGGGAGAGGCUGUGGGUGACGGAUAGAGGUAGAGGGAGACAUUGGAAAUCAAAGGGUGAUGGGGAAGGCAGAGGGUGAUGGGGAGAAGCAUAGGGUGACAAAGGAAUGCAGAGGGAGACAAGGAGAGGUAGAUGGUGAUGGAGAGGCGGUGGGAUGGUUAUAGCAAAAGGCAGAGGGUGACAGAGAGAAAUUGACAUGGAGAGGGUGACAGGGAGGUAGUGGGUGAGAAGGAGACAGUUGGUAACAGGGAGAUAGUAAGAGACAGGGAGAGGGUGACAGGGUGAUAGUGACAGGGUGAUAGUGAGUGGCAGGGAGAGGGUGACAGGGUGAUGGUGAGUGGCAGGGAGAGGGUGACAGGGUGAUGGUGAGUGGCAGGGAGAGGGUGACAGGGUGAUAGUGAGUGGCAGGGAGAGGGUGACAGGGUGAUGGUGAGUGGCAGGGAGAGGGUGACAGGGUGAUGGUGAGUGGCAGGGAGAGAUUGACAGGGUGAUGGUGAGUGGCAGGGAGAGGGUGACAGGGUGAUAGGGAGUGUCAGGGAGAGGGUGACAGGGUGAUAGGGAGUGUCAGGGAGAGGGAGACAGGGUGAUAGGGAGUGUCAGGGAAAGGGUGACAGGGUGAUAGUGACAGGGAAAGGGUGGCAUGUAGAUAAUUGGUGAAAGGGAGAGAGUGGCAUGGAGAUAAUUGGUGACAGGGAGAGAGUGACAGUGACAGGGUGAUAGUGAGUGGCAGGGAGAAGGUAGUAUUAAGAUAGUGGGUGACAGUGACAGGGUGACAGGGCGAUAGUAUCAGGGAGAGGGUGACAGUGACAGUGAGAAAGUGGCAUGGAGAUACUGGGUGACGGAGAGGGUGACAGUAACAGGGAGAGUAUGACAGGAUGAAUGUGGGUGACAGGGUGAUACUGAGUGGUAGGGAGAGGGUGGCAUGGAGAUAGUGGGUGCUUGGGGAGGCAAUAGAGAAAAGCAAUGAAGUGGCUGCAGGCAACGUCAUUCAAAAGUUUACUUACAGUACUUCUGUGUCCAGGUCCUACAACACUUCUGUGUCCAGGUCCAGGUCAGAUCAGCGCUGCUUGGCUGUGAGAUGGGCUGGGCUGUCUCUACAUGCAGUGGCAGGGCUGGCCUCCAUCCACUCAUCUUGGCCACGAUGCAGGGGCAGAUCUAGACUUUACUUUUAGGGGGCGGUAAUUAUUUCUCCUGACUCCUCCCCUUUUUCAUGCCAACUCCUCCCCUUUACAAUGUCUCUUACGGUGACCUGGGCCAAGUGCCCAGCAUCACUCCUUAUAUGCGGCUCAGGCCUAUGGGUCUGCCUACUUGUGGGCACUCAAUCUAAAUAGGGCCUAGUACGCCUUAACUGGCCACAGGCCUAAGGCCUGAGUUUUAGCCAUGCGCCUAGUGCCUGCCUACCAUGGGGCAGGUUGGGUGAACUGGGCCUAAUGCCCAGAGUCACCUUAUACACCUACAGGGGCCACACUUAACUGAUAGGGCCUAGUGCCCUCUGACCACAGGCCUAAGCGUGAACUGAGCCACAGGCCUAGUGCGCGAUAUCUGCGCCCUGAACCAAAGGGCCCGCCUAGUGCGCCACAGGCCUAGUGUCUGAUUUGACCCCAGGGGCCUAAUGCCUGAAAUCUGAUGGUCUAGUGGUGAAGGGGUUGACUUGCGCGCCUCAGUGUUGGCCUACCUACCCUGUUGGAGAGGCGAUGCCCGAUCCUCAACUUCUGUCUUUGGCUGCCGCCCCUUCUCCAUGGUCAGCUGGCGCUGGAGGUCUUCUUUCUUGAUGGCAGCGCAUUCAGGCCACUUCCACAGCCUCAGGAACUGCCAACUCCUCCCCUUUACAGUGUCUUUUCUGGUGACCUGGGCCAAGUGCCCAGCGUCACUCCUUAUAUGCGGUUCAGCCCUAUGGGCCUGCCUACUUGUGGGCACGCAAACUAAUAGGGCCUAGUACCCCUUAACUGGCCAAAGGUCUAAAGCCUGACUUUUAGCCAUGGGCCUAGUAUCUGCCUACCAUGGGGCAGUUUGGAUGACCUAGGCCUAAUGCCCAGAGUUACCAUAUACACCUAUGGGGGCCACACUUAACUGAUAGGGCCUAGUGCCCUCUGACAUGCCCACAGGCCUAAGCCUGAACUGGUCAACAGGCCUAGUGCUCGACCUCUGCACCCUGGGCCAAAGGGCCCGCAUAGUGCGUCACAGGACUAGUGUCUGAUUUGACCCCAAGGGCCUAAUGCCCAAAAUCUGGUGGUAUAGUGGGGAAGGGGGUGACUUGCGUGUCUCACUGAGGGCCUACCUACACUGUCUUUGGCCGCCGCCCCUUCUCUGCGUUCAGGCGGCGCUGAUGAACUUCUUUCUUGAUAGCAGCAUAUUCAGGCCUCUUCCGCGGCCUCAGGAACUGCUCCCGCAGCAUCCUCUUCACUCUCCGGCCGCUGCGAUCCCUUCUUCUUUCUUCCAUGGCAUCCGUCUUCUUUGGUCCCAGCAGGGGCAGCCCAGCAUCUCCAGAAAUGCUGGGCACCCCCCCAAAGUGUUGCGCCUUCCAAAGGUCCUGUCAAUCCUACAGGGGGUUUCAUAAAACAAACUGCUAUCAGACAUCGGUGCUUUUAACACUGUUGUCAUCUUGAUAAAGACGCUGCACAGCGUAGAAAUGUGUAGAAACAGUGUUUUAUAUUGGUCUGACAACCAAAAUCCAUAUUUCUGAACCCACUGCGUAUUGAUACCCGGGUUACAUCUUCCAGUGGAUUGUAUAUAAAAUCAUUAUGGUACAGUUGUCUUGUCCAAUUUUAUGUAUUUAUCAUUUCUAAUAAAUACUUUUGGAUUAGAAUACGGUUCUUUCUGGUUCCAUAUAUAUGUUAUUUGAGACAUCAGUCUCUAUCAUUAUCCAGCCAUUGGGACUACAGAAGUCCAAAGAAACCUUUGGCCCUCAUUCCGAGUUGAUCGGUCGCAAGGCGAAUUUAGCAGAGUUACACACGCUAAGCCGCCGCCUACUGGGAGUGAAUCUUAGCUUCUUAAAAUUGCGACCGAUGUAUUCGCAAUAUUGCGAUUACUAACUACUUAGCAGUUUCAGAGUAGCUCCAGACUUACUCUGCCUGUGCGAUCAGUUCAGUGCUUGUCGUUCCUGGUUGACGUCACAAACACACCCAGCGUUCGGCCAGGCACUCCCACCGUUUCCCCGGCCACUCCUGCGUUUUUUCCGGAAACGGUAGCGUUUUCAGCCACACGCCCCUGAAACGCCGUGUUUCCGCCCAGUAACACCCAUUUCCUGUCAAUCACAUUACGAUCGCCGGAGCGAUGAAAAAGCCGUGAGUAAAAAUACUUUCUUCAUAGUAAAGUUACUUGGCGCAGUCGCAGUGCGAACAUUGCGCAUGCGUACUAAGCGGAUUUUCACUGCGAUGCGAAAAAAAAUACCGAGCGAACAACUCGGAAUGAGGGCCUUUAUGUGCGUUGCAUCUAUUUGUUACAAGUAAGCGUACAUGUAAAAAUCUGCUCAAGUUUGCAUCUAUCACCACUUUGGGUGUCGACGUAAAGGAAUGAGAGAUUUAUAAUUGGAUUGGGACCUUCCACACACUCUUCCCUUCCUUGUAUCACUGACUGGUGGAGCUGUGUUUAUUUGCAGUAUUACACUAAUGUGUGAUUUUCUUGUUUCUAUGUGAUUACCAUCGGACAUUACAUCGUUUGACUCUAUUGUGAAAUCACCACAUUGAGGAUCAACAAAAGUUUGGGACAUUUUAAGUGCAAGUGAGAUUGUACCCUUUUUCUUUUCCAUAUGUUGUUAUAGGUUGGUGAGCUAUUUUGUACUAUCUCGUGCUGCUUCAUUGUGCAGCGCCAUAGGAGGAAUUGUUUAUUGUAUUCUUCAGCUCCUGCCCGGCCUCUGAUGUCAGACAGGGGCAGGGCCUAUGACGCAACCUGAGCUGAUUGGCUACAGCAGAGUAUACUAGGGUGCCUGCUGUGGUUUCUCCUCCCUUUUUGCUCACCUCUGUGGCUUCAGCUUCGGGGGUGGCUUUAACUUUUUCAGAAUUUAAUGAAGAGCUGAGAGAAGAUGAAGCUGUUUUCUCGACGGAGGCAUCGGUGGCUGGUCCGCCUGAGACUACAGGUGAGGCACAGCCAGAUUAAGGGAGGGCCCAGGGGAUACGUUACCCCGGGCCCCAUAGCCUCUCAGGGGCCCCUGUGUUGGACCAAUUUGUUUUUCAGAGAUGGAGACAACCUUGUCUCCAUCUCUGCAGCGGUCGGGGCCGCCCCCAUGCACAAUCAGAGCACCUGCCUGGCUGCUCCUCACAGAGAGCUCUGAUCGGCAGAGCUCUCUGCAUUGGAUACAUUGCACCCACACAGCUGAGGCCGGGAGCUACUGAGCAUGUGCAGUAGCAGCUCAGCUCAUAUGGACUCCGGCAGUGACUCUCCUCUUACUUAUUUGGUUAAUUUUGUAUUUUGCGUGUGUAUGCGUGUGUGUGUGUAUUUGUAGGUAUGCGGUGUGUAUGUAUGUAUGUAUGUAUGUAUGUAUGGUGUGUGUGUGUGUGUGUGUGUAGGUAUAUGCUGUGUGUAUAUGUGUGUGUGCGUGCUAUGUGUGUUUGUAGGUAUGCUGUCUAUGUAUUUAUGUAUGUAUGUAUGUAUGUAUGUAUGUAUGGUUGUGUGUGUGUAUGUAUGUAUGUAUGCAUAAUAUAUGUGUGUGUAUGUAUGCUGUAUGAGUAUGUAUGCUGUGUGUAUGUAUGCUGUGUAUGUGUAGGUAUACUGUGUGUAUGUAUAUAUAUAUAUAUAUAUAUAUGUAUGUAUGUAUGUAUGUAUGUAUGCUGUGUGUGUUUGGAUGCAUACUGUGUGUGUGUGUGUGUGUGUGUGUGUGUGUGUAUGCUAUAUGUGAGUGUAUUCAUGAUAUGUGUGUUUGUAGGUAUGCUGUGCAUGUAUGUAUGUUGUGUAUAUGCAAGUAUGGUGUGUGUGUGUGUGUGUGUGUGUGUGUGUGUGCUGUGUGAAUGCAUGUAUGUAUGGUGUGUGUUUGUAUAUAUGUAUAUGAACACAUGCAUAUUAUAUAUAUAUUGGGCCUAUAUCAGUUAGGAUUGCAAAGUCUGCUAAGAUGCAGAAUUUGCAAUCCUUGUGAUCGCAUGCUGACAGCUGCCCAUCGCAGGGCAAGACCACCCGGCAUGCUGACUGCCACCGCCACCCCCCUCCCCCCUUGAGCAAGCAGAAUUUGCGAUUGCACAGCAAUUUCUGCUUGAUUGCAAAUAAUGGGUAGCCUCCUGCCGGCGCAGGCCGCCAACACUUUUGUGAUUGCAGCGGCUGUGUGUGACAUCAUGCAGCCAUCCCGACCACGCCACUGCCGCACUCCAUUCACGCCGCCGUGCACCCGCAAUGCUCCGUUUCCAGCUAGGAAUUGUAACGUUGCUGCCCAAUGAACGUCCACCCUCCAUGCCCACGAAUGCCUCUGCCUGAUUGACAUGCAGAGGUGUUCUCAUUUUCUGCUGGAGCGCGCAGGAAAUGUGGGUGCAUGCGCAGGAGAGGCCCUGCGGAUUUGCCCACUUCCUUUUAGUAAUUCUUGCAGUUGGAUCGCAAAUAGUCGACCAUAGUCCUCAGGGCGCCCCCUUGACUUGAGUUCCCCAGACCCCCGUAGCCUUUAUCUGGCUCUGAGAUGAGGCACCGGGGGAAUCAGACGAUGACGAUAGAUCUUCCUCCUCUUCGCUGUCACCUUCUGCUACUAGCGCGGUCAGGGUAUAGAAGCGUUCUGCUAAGUAUGCUAGACAAGAGGCUGUUAGGCGCGGCUAAGCUCCGGCGGGUUUAGAUAGUUUGCGCAGGGCUUAGCAGCGUUUAGGCGCAUGCAGGACUUGUUGCGCUGUUUGUUGGUCUUGUACGUCUCCCCCUGUCCUCCCUACUCGGGGAUUAGCUACUCGCCACUGUUGGCAGUGGGAGUCUAGAGGGAUUUAACAAUUUUUUACCUGGACUGACGGACUUAAUUCGGCUUAAUUAUACUUGAUUUGGCUAAUUGGAUUUUAAUUAUAUGUCCCUCAGCAGGUUUUAAGUUUUACCUCUAGCCGAGUUUACUUGUGUGACCCCCCCCCCCCCCAUUUAUUUGUUUUACCUCCUAUCCUAUUGUAUCUAUAUGUUGCUUCGAUUGGCCUGAAGCUCGUUUACAUGGAAUUUCCAUGCUAUUUUUUUUUUUCUUUUUGGCAGAUCCUCAUUUCAUUAUGUUUCCAACAGAACUGUUUCUAUUUUACGUGUCAGUUUGAUCAUUUUCUCUGGUUCUUUCCAUCCCUUAUAGGUUUGCUGGGCGAUAGGCGCAAGGAUGGCAUAGCUGCCCGCUCAUGUCUUCUGCUCGGCUAGGUUUAUGGCUUUAAGUUUACGCCUUUAAAGCUCAUUUAAAUAAAUAGAUAACAGUUUCUGCCAAA